UAAAGAUUUGAUAACUUUUUUUUUUGUAGACUUUCUUCUUUCUUUGUUUUACCCAAAGUUAUUCAAUCAACCAGUCAUGACUACUAGAGUUUAUAUUGGUCGUCUUGCUCGUGAUGCCACUCGUCGUGAUCUCGAACGUUUAUUCAAGGGUUAUGGUGAUAUUCGUGAGGUGAACAUCAAGCAAGGCUUCGGUUUUGUGGAGUUCAGUUCUGAAAGAGAUGCCAAGGACGCUGUUUACGAUUUUCAUGGCAAAAACUUCCUUGGUGAACGCUUAAUCGUUGAACUUGCUCGUGGUCCUCGUCGUACUGAUGAUAGACGUAGUAAUGGCAACGAUCGUCGUCGUUCUCAUUACCGUUUAAUCGUUGAGAACAUUGCUCCUGGAACUAACUGGCAGGAUCUCAAGGAUAUGAUGCGUAAAGCCGGUGAAGUUACUUUUGCUGAUAUUUCUCGUGACCGUCCAUCCGAAGGCAUCGUCGAAUUUGCUGUUCGUGAAGAUAUGGAAUAUGCUCUUAAAAAGUUGGAUGACCGUGAAUUGAACGGUCAACGUGUCAGUCUUCGCGAGGAUACUGGUCGUCGUUCCAACGCUAGCGCUCGUCGUUCCUCUAGAUCUCGUUCCCGUUCCCGUUCUCGCUCUCGUUCUCGUUCUCGUUCUCGUAGCCCUCCUCGCCGCAGCCCUCCUCGCCGCAGUCGUAAGCGUUCUCCCUCCGAAUCCCGUUCUCGUUCCCCUCCACGUCGUCGUAGAAGAGUCGCAACUCCUUCCAUGGAUUCUCCCUCCCCCUCGCGUUCAGCUUCUCGCUCUCGCUCUCCUCCUCGUAAGAGACAUGAUUAUUCUGAUGAUGAAAAUGAGGAUCGUGGCAGAAAGAGUAGCAGCAGCAAUAGACGUGACAAUGACAACUCUAGAUCCAGAUCUCGUUCACCCGAUGCUAGAAUGGAUGAAAAUGACAGCUUUAAACAAGACGAUAACAACGAACAACCCUCUGCUCCAUCACCCGCUCGUAGUGAAGGAAGUGCCAGAGAUGACUAAAAAGGAUAUAGUUUGAUUUGAUAUUAAGAAAUGAGAUAGUGGGCACAAAACUUUUUUUUUUUUUACAAUUUUUUUGUUUAAAAUGGAAUUCAUGUAAAAGAAAAAAUCAGCCUUAAGAAGAAUGCUCUAAUGCAACAAUAAUAUAGUAUAUAUGAAUAUGGAUAUUAACCACCUAUCUGAAUAAACAUUUUCAAAAAAGGUUCUUUGAAAUAUUUCUUAACGC